AUGUGUAAUACCCAAGGCAGACUUGACGGCAAAGUAGCCAUAGUAACUGGUGGAAGUUCUGGAAUUGGAUUCGAAGCCGCGAAGAACUUAGCCCGUCGCGGAGCAAAAGUUGUGAUCGCCAGUCGAAAUGAAACUAAAUUGAUUCGAGCAAGAAACCGAAUUCAAUACGUAACUGGAAACGUCAACGUUGCUUACAGAGUGCUUGAUCUUGGAUCAUUGAAAUCUGUUCGAAGUUUCGCCCACGAUACCCUCAACUCAGGUGAACGACUCGACGUUCUAGUGAACAAUGCGGGAGCGCUUGGACUACCCGAUCGCUUAUCAGAGGACGGAUUGAACCUCGCCAUGCAAGUGAAUUAUUUCGGUACGUUCCUUCUAACGUUUCUAUUGCUACCGUUGUUAAAAGCCUCAGCGCCGAGCAGAAUAAUAAAUGGUGUGGCAGUGGCGAUGUAUAUUGGACAGUUGGAUUACGAUCACUGGAAUGAUAUCGGGAGGUAUUCACCGGUGCAAGCCAUGGCCAACGCAAAGCUGGCCAUGGAUUUGUUCAAUGCGGAAUUGAGUCGACGUUUGGAAGGCACGGACGUUACAGCAAACACCUAUGAUCCUUAUAUAGUUAAGGAUACUGACAUUUUAAACAAUAUGGAGGGUCUUCUCAAGGAUAUAUCACAGCUAUUCGUGGAUUUAGUGGGGCAGCCGAAGGAAGACGUGGGGAAACAAAUCGCUGUACUAGCUGCCGAUCCUAAAAUGGCUAACAUCAGUGGAAGGCAUUACAAGUUCUGUCACGAGUGGAUAAACCACUGGUUGGCUUACGACACCGAAGUGACACAGCAGCUCUGGGAAGAGUCAAAGAAAGUCGUCCGCUUAACAGAAGACGAAGAUUGGGAAACCUAA